AUGAAGAAUAUUCUAGUAUUUGGAGGAAACGGCUUCUUAGGUCGUCGCAUAUGUCAAACUGCGGUUGAAAAAGGUUACCAAGUUACCUCGCUGUCGCGCUCGGGUGCUCCACCGCGGGUAAAGGCAACCUGGGAGAAAGAAUGGAUCGACAAAGUAAAGUGGCAACAAUGCGACAUCUUGAACCCCAAAAGUUACACACAGUACUUGCGGGAUGCUGACAAUGUGGUUCAUAGCAUCGGUAUACUGUUAGAAGAUUCGAGCUACAAGGCUCAGGUCAAUGGCAAGUUGGCAUUUGAUGUCAAGAAGCUAUUACAAUGGGGACCCAACCCUAUGAAGAACAACCCCAAUUUCACUUAUGAAGUCAUGAACAAACAAAGUGCAGUGAUGCUGGCACAAGAAUUUGCUAAAGUCAAGCACAGCAACGAUUCUGUAUCAAAAACAAUGACCUACAUUUCGGCAGACAAGUCGUUUCCCGGUAUUCCGUCCGGCUACAUGGAGUCUAAACGAGCUGCAGAGGUCGAAAUCAUGCGGCUGGAACAAGAACUUAGACCAAUAUUAGUUCGUCCUGGCUUCAUGUUUGACGAAUCAGACACGUCUCUAGGGACGCUCAAUUUUCGUUCGCAAGUCAAAAAUAUGCUUGAUCUUGCAAAUUGGAGCAAUAAGAAUUUUCUUGGGCGCCGCAUUGAGUGCGUCAAUCAACUUUUCAGACCUACUGUUUCCACUCAACAAGUGAGCAGGGCGCUCAUUCAAAAAAUUGAGGAUCCUAGUUUUGAAGGCGUCCUCAGUUUAGAAAAUAUCAUCAAUUCUUGA